GAAACUGUGGCUAUAUCAUGCUGGUUAGCAAAUGUAGUAGUUAUUGAAUAUUGACAUAUUUCUUUUUUUUAGGACAACUAACAACUUAGUGCGCUCAAAUAAAUGCUGCCAUUGAUGCCUUUUGUGACUUUGUUGUGAAGGCAAAAUUGUUUGGGUCAAUGGCAGGAAACCUGAAAGACAAGGAGGCAUACCAAAGACUGAACUAUCUACAUCAGGCUGCGUAUUGUGUUCUGUCUCAAAACGCCAGCAAUGUGGAAUUGGCUCGUUUUUACAGCUUUACCCAAAGGACUAUCGCAAAACGUCUAGUUUUGAGACAGGACCCGUCAGUGAAGAGAACACUGUGUAAGAAGUGCUGCUCAUUGCUUAUCCCUGGUGUGACUGCUACAUCAAGACAAAGAAGAAAUAAUAAAGCAACUAGAUUUACCGUGAUAAGGUGCCUUAGCUGUGGACAAACCAAGACGUUUCUAAAUAAUCCAGAACAUUGUUUGUGGGUUGACCGACCUGAAGCCCAGAUGGAGAACCAGGUGCAGCCAGAUCCUAAACAAUCUGCCAUACAACUGCCAAAGGUUGAUGUGUCCAAGCAGUCCGAGCCCAACCAAGACCUUCCUUCUGAGGCUAUAGCAUGAAGAACCUUUUUUUUUAUUGUACAGUUUGAGUUAUGAAAAUAAGUUUUAUGCCGUUGAACAAGUAUUUUAGUGAUGUCACUCAUAUUUUGAGCUUUCCAAUGUGUGUAUGUUGUUGAAAUAAAAGCAUUAUCAUACCAUUU